AAGUGAUAGCACUGUUUAGUGGAUAUGUAUUUCUGUUCUGUAAAAUGUUCAGCAAUUUUGAGGGUUGCAGUAAUGUAGCUCAUAAGCAAAUGACUAGUAAAUAAUUGAUUUGUGUAGGUACGUAUAAGGUUUAUCUGCAUAGACAAAUGAGAUGUGUUAAUUCAUUUGGGUGCCAAUUGAAUGUGCCAAAGAUAUGUUAAUUUGCAUUACACUGGAAUUUGAGAGGGCAGAAGAAAAAUUAAAAAUGAUAUACCCUUAGAUAUUUUACACCACCUUUCUUUUUUUAAUGCUUGUAACAUAGCUCUUCUGCUCCCACCUGCUGUGGUGUAUGGACAUAUUUUUAUUUUCUAUGUGUGUAACAAUUAAAAAGUGGAUAACCAAUGAAAGAAAAGUAUUUUAUUUCUAUGAGCUUCAAACACAUCUGUUUCCCCUCUAUGUGCACCAUGAACCAUUGCAGGAAAUCUUCAGAUGCAUGGGAAUAAUCCUCAAGAACACCACUGCCAUUUCAUCAUUGGCAUUGUCGUACUAUGAGAGAGAAGAUGUACUUGUCAUCAGUAGGAAGAGAACUUUCAAGACUAAUAAGUUCACAUUUAUGUUGCAGAAAGUUAAAAGCAGUACCUAUCGACAUGUCCAGCAUAGUGUUUGUGUAAAAGAAAAAACUUUACCAGUCAACAAGUGCUGCUGAGUAGUGUACUGCCAUCAUACCUUUCUCUGUUGCCAAAAUUAAUUGUAUGUUUAUGCAGUGGUGAACACUCCUUGGAUGGUGACAUGGAGAGAAAGUACAUAAUUAUUGUUUAAAUGUUAUAUAAUUGUAUGUUUUGUAAUCUUUCAUUAUAUUAAUUGUCAAUGUCUUUUUUGCAUUUUAUGAUUGGAAUAUUGUUUUCAUCACAAUGGAGGAGAAGCAGAUAUAUGGUAUGCAUAAACCAAAGAGGAUUAACUGGAGAAUUAAUAUCAAGAAGACUGAAGAGAAUGACUUGGAGCCAGCUCUUGUUCCCAAGAAUAAUUUGAAUGCGAGAACUUUCCUGGAGGAAAGGAGGACAUCUAUGUUCAAUGAAGGAGGGAAUAUAUGUAAAGUUCUGAAUAAAUUGCAAAAGAUAAUGAGACUGUGCCCUGCCUACAACAACACUUUUGUCUUCAGGUGCAAAAGGUAUGUUAGCAUACAGCAACAUGACAUCAGCUUGGCGACUAUUGGCAAGAAGUGGUGAAGAUUUUCAGUGUCUCCGAUGUGGAAAAACAUAUAUGCACAAAGGCACUCUUAGUCGUCAUGUCCAAUAUGAAUGUGGCACAGUUCCACGAUUCACUUGCAGAAUAUGUGGAGCAAGAAACAGACGUCGUUAUGGGCUUACAAAUCAUCUCAUCAUGGUACAUGGUGUGCAGAAGAAACAAGCUGAAUUGAAUAUAACAGAAAAAUAUAUAGAAAAGACUGAAAAAUUUCAGUAGCAAUGUAAUUCUGUAGAUAUUCCUUCUUUCUCACUAUGGCAAGAGUAAUAGUUUUUAUAUAGCCAGCUACUGAAAAUUUUACAGUUGCAGAAAUAGUGAAAUAAUUUGAUUGUAUGGUUUUCAGUAUUUUGGUGAAGGCUUUUGUUUUAAUACUGAUGUCUUACACUUAAUUGUUCUUAAUAAGAUAUAUGACAUACAUGUGUUAUACCUUUACAAGAUAUGAGGAGACACACUUAUAGACUUACGUGGUAGCUUUGGUGGUUAAUUAGGGAAACAAAUUACAACAAAGAUGUCUUUGGUUUCUUUCCCAGCUGUUCACUUUUGAGACCUAGAAAUAGGAAAAAGUGUAGUUUGUCAUCAGCUAAUAAGUAAAUAAAAAUAUUCACAAGAUGAGAGUGCAUACUCACAACUAUGUAUAGAAAAGAUGUACUUAAAGGGAAGAUGUGGAAACAGAAGAAACAGUGGUAUCAAAAAGAACAGAAAUUUGCAUGUUUGCUUUUUUCAUCUCUCAGGAAGUGACGACAAAGGAAAUGAAAAGUGAAACAAUACAGACAAGAUCACAGUUACAACCUACAAAUUAAGAAUGAUAUUUUUAUUAUAUUAGAAAGGAAGUCAUAUAAUGAUACACUGAAUUUUUUUGAGUAACUGAACUCAAGAUUCUGAGUUGAGCUUUCCCUUCUGGUGCAUUUUUGGUGUAUUUACCUUUUCAUCCUUUCCCUCUCCCCUCAUUUCCUGUUCAUGGACAAUACCAAAUCCUUGAAACUAUCACUGGUUUUGGUGCCAAUGUCAGGUGCACUUUGAUGUGUUAGCAGUAAGUACAACUUUUUCAAUAUUAAUCAGUUUGUUUAUUAUGUUUAAUUACUAGUUUUAAGCUGCCUGUGUUAAUCAGUUCAACAAUAAGCUAAUUUUAUCAAAUAAUUACAAUUUUAUAUAACAAAGAAACUGAAAGGAGUCCAAGGGUUCAGUGAGAACUUAUUGCUUAGCCAUAGCAAUUUCUGAUCCACUGUGCUAUUUUGCCCUCCAUUUAUAUUACAACAUCAUUUUCUCUGAUUCCAUAAUCUUAACAUUUAUAUCAAAUAUAGUUACUGUAAUUAUUAAUGUCUGAAAAUCUUUCAAAGCUUAAUAAAUUCUCAUUUUUCUUCCAUGCUAUAACAUUUCUAUUAUUUGCUUUUUGAUGUAACACACUAGUAUUUGAAAACAAUCCUAGAUCUAUUCCUUUACACAGAUUGUUGGCAUAAAACAGAUUGUUGUCAUAUAUCAUUUUGUGAAGAGUGGUUCAAUGAUGCUUUCCUUCUUUGAUGUAUACAACAGUAUAAUUAAGAACUGAUAAUUGUGGUGUAUGUAGGUUAAUGCCUAAGAAUGACUGCCAAUUUCUCUGUCUUAAAUAGAUAGCCUGUUUCAUAUGCAUGAUCUAAAUAUUAACAGAUUCAUUUACAGGUGAAAAUGUGCCUAGCAAAAGUUACCACAAGUAUUAUUACCUGCUAGUCAUAUGAACCCUAACUUAACAUUUUUUGUAAGUGUGUUUUAUGCAUGUAACACACACUCAUCUUAUAUUGUGAUAUAUGCACAUGUAAAGGAAUUUUCAAAAUGAAAUAACAGUCUAAUAAAACUGGAAACAACUUUUAUGGAACAAAUGAUAUUUGUUACAUUACUUUUACUAGAGGUGUGGGACUUUAUGAGAUGUGUUUCUGAAAUAUCUCAACACUGUGAUCCAUAUGCACAUAUGUUUCAUUUUGUUUUGAAUAUGUCCCAUACAGGAAAGUUGGUCAAGUUUUUUGGAGUUAUUUAAUGGCAGUGACAGAUCAUUAAUGUAAAUUGAGGAAAGUGAUAGUGAAGUAUUUUUGGCACUAGGUACUAUGAUUUAAAAUCAGAAGCCUGUGAAAGUUCACAAAAAAUACUCAAACUAGCUUUGACUGUCAGUCCACAUAGAAUUUUGUACGAGGGAGUGAGUAUAGUUUCUUUCCUGUUAAGGCAUAACAUACAAUAGCAAAUGUUAAAAGAGAGCCAGCAUGUCAUUUUGUGUAAAAUGGCUGUGAAUUAUGUCACAAACAAUUCUCUCAAAAACUUGUGAAAAAAUUGGCAUGGAAAAGAUAAGUCAACAGUGAGAUGUUACUUGUUUGUCUUGUAGAACAUAACAAUAUUUACUUGAAUUUACAAAUUAUUUUAAUAUCUUUCCUAAUGUUACAUAAAACUAUGAAGAAUUUAAAAUUUUUGGUCUAUAAUGAUUUUUAUAAAUUUAAUUUUUCUAUAAAUUUAUCUGCACUUGUGUGUAUGAAAUUGAAUGUAUUGGCUCGUUGCUGUUAUGAUCAGUUCUAUAGAUUCUAUACAAGUGUGAUUUUUUAAGCCCUAUUCUCUCAGAUAUUCUUUGGAUACUUCUUUUAUAUUGCUCCAGUAUUGUUUAACACCAAAAGAACUGAUACAUUUAGAAUUAUUCUCAUGUUGUAUCUCAUUCAUUGAUGUUUCUUAAGAUUUUCAGUUUACUGUUUGUUUUAUUAAUUCUGUGUGCAGAUUACAUUUUUUUGGGUGUUCUGCAAUACAGAGCUAGAAAUUUCAGUUCCUGUUGGGGGAAGAAAUUUGCCUCACUACUAUUUGCCAAAAGGAGUAGUACAGAUGAUGAGAUACUGACAUAUAGUUCCUACUCACUAGACUAUGAGUCAAUGUCCUCCAUUCAGUCUCGAACUUCUCCACAACUGCUUAUGGAUUGAGGACAUAUGAGAUGGUUGACACUGAUCUGUUUUUCACAUAGAGUCAUUAAGCUUAACAUCCCCAUGGUGUCACUGUAAAGAAGUAAGCUAUAUGCCAGCAUCAGGUAUCAUACUUUCAUUUCUCUCUCAUCUCCACUCUAUUUCUGUUUAUUGCAAUUACUUACAAUGAACAGUUACACACAAGGUACAAUACUAUCACUUUGCAAACGUUAGGUGGCAAUACCCACGAGGGAUGAAAACUGUAAUUGUGUGGCCAAAUUAAAUGUUAGCAUUAGUUAGCCAGGGGGUCAUAUAUCUGUUGUGUAAUGUCUAAUUGUAAAUGUAUGUAACUUUUUAA